AUGAAUGCCGGCAAAGAAUUCAAUUACUUCGGCUACAGGACCAAUUCAAUGUAUGGGAGCCUUCCGAAGCAACCAGAGGCCGCCGACUGCUAUCAGCAAAAGACAGAGAGCUACAUUCCGUUCGAUAUGAAAACGCUGUACCCGGAUGAACCAACCGAAACAGUCAACAUUCUGCAAGAGAUAUAUGACACCGAAAGGGCCUACGUCAAGUCUCUGACAGUCAUCGACGAGGUAGCCCGGCAACGUUCUUAGAUGUUCCAUAUCAACGUUUUUGCAGGUUUUUGUUCAUCAAUUGUCGUUAGCUUGUCCCAAAUCGACAAAAGUGUUCCGAUCGGUGUUUGGAGAGAUCUCAGCCAUCUGUAAGACGCACCAAAUCCUCCUAGAAUCCCUUCGAAGCAAGCCAAUCAGUGAAGUCUUCACUAAGUUCAUUCCUUUCCUCAAACUGUACACCGGAUACGCAUCGCACUACCCAAAUGCUUUGAAAACGUUUGCGGUAAGGAGUUCCAGAGAAUAACCAGACAAAAACUGAUUUAUUUUCAGAAGCUGAUGGGUCGAACUGAUUUCCGGAAGGCACUCACUCGAAUUGAGCUUGAUCCGCGAUGCGAGAUGAAGAACUUGCAAGCCUAUCUAAUAAUGCCGAUCCAACGCAUUCCUCGCUAUAUUAUGCUCAUUGAUAAUCUUAUGAGCUACAGCACCAACCAGCAGGAUAUCACAAAUCUCUUCAGUGAGGAACCGUGCAUUCCAGCCAACAAACUAAAUUUUAAUCUCAGAAGCGUUGUCCGGUAUGCAAGGACUAUCGGAACAAAUACAGUCGUGCAUGACCGCCUACGAAAACGGAGAGCGACUCCUGACGAUUCAGUUAAGCUUCGGCUUAGAUUCGCAUAUUCUCGAGCCUGGACGUGUUCUACUGAAAGAAGGAAUGCUGUACAAGGUAAGAAAAAAAAGAAAAAGAGAGGAUAAGAGAAGAGUAUGAUUGGUCCAAUUCUAGAGAGAAAUCAACGGAGCUUCCAACUACCAGGAGACUGUGGUAUUCCUCUUCAAUGACAUUCUGCUCUACGGAAACAAGAAGCUCGCCGUGAUCACGCCGUGCAAAUACGAUCCGUCAGCCAUUUUAUCUCUCCGCCACUGCACUGUCAAGCUGGAUUCAAUUGGCGGAUGUAUAUUUGUUAGUUGAACUGGAUAACAUGUGUACGCUAAGAAUUACCUUUUCAGAUUCGCUGUGGAGAAGUUGGCAUCGACCUGACUGCUUACUCACUCGGCGGUGUCACCGAGUGGUACGAUGAGAUUGUUGCGGCCAUCGAGAAUGCAAAAACUCUCCGAAAUACCCUUCGCAAAGAGAGCUUCAAACAGAAAACUCUUGUUUUCGAGUGAGUCUAGUUAUAAAAAAGUUUACACAAUCUUAGCUCUUCCAGUCGAGGGUUCUGGCGCCGGAACCGUGACCGUUUGCGACAUAUGGUCUCGACUGAUGUGACUUCCCAAGUGAACCGUGUGUUCUCAAGACGGAAACCUCUUCCAAAACUUGACGAGAGCGACUUUUUGCGUGGUCAGUGGACUACCUCUCCUCGAAUGGGUAACCGCAAGCGCAGUACGUUAAGGAAAUCAGUUAUCUCUAUUAAUCUUCGGUUUUCAGAAACUGUCACCAUGCGAGAUAUCGAAGACGGAGGCUCAGUAUCAAAGAAAGCUGCCACUGAGCAUGCGUUGACUCAGAUGUUGCUCACUAAGCCUCUUUCCGAAACGAACCCGCUUGGCCUUCUGGCUGAUAUUGCUACUUCUGCCGCUGCUAAGGAAAAAGAAGAGGAUUUUGACAUUGACCGUCCGUUUGAUUGGACCGAUGAUGAUGAGGAAUACGUACCCCCGGAGAAGAAGAUUCCAAUCAAGCGUGUCGCGAGCUACGACGAGGAGGACCGUCGUCCUCGCAGAUUCGGAAGUAUCCGUAGAAAUGUUGCGACCGGAGCUGGUCGGCAUGGACUCGCGGUCGACGACAUUCGCAGAUUGAGCUAUCAGAAUGUAAGUUGAAUAUUGUGAACUUCAACUUUCUACUCAUUUCGCUUUUCAGAGAACCCUCGAGCCAUUCAACAUGGGUGGUGAAUAUGACGACGACGAGGACGAUAUCGAUAUGAAAGUGAAGGGAGAAAAGCAGCGUCCGUGGUGGGAGACGGAGUCUGCGCCACCAGCUAUCAAGAACCAAAAGACAUCUCUAAUUGAUACCGUCAGAAAUAAUUGCUCUAUCAUGUAAUCUUUUCUGUAUCCCUUCUCUUCUGUAUGACCAAUGGCUUAUAUUUUCUCCAAAAACUGUUCUUUUUUGUACACAUGAUCUCAGAAUUGUGUUUUCCCAUUUCAACAGCUUCUCUAACUCAUCAAUUUUGCCAUUGGUUUCAUUGUAUUUGUCAUACAGUUUUCUGCUUUUGUUCUUUUUUUCCAAAAAUAGCAAUUAGGUCGUGACUAACUGACCGGGAAGCCGUCAGUUAUUAGUUCUUCUCUGUUUCUAUUGAAUUUCAGGCACUUUCAUCACAAUCAUCUAGAAAGUUCCAGUUGAUGACUCAUGACCGACAGGGAACCGAAGAAAAUUCCCGGUCAAAUGGUUCCGAAUGGGUUCGAAACCGAAUAAAGUGAACCAUUUGUAUCCGUCAUGUGUAUAAUAUAAUUGUUUGAUCUUGUAUUACCACUUUUACGCCCACGGCUUCCAAUUAACGACGUGUUUUCAGGGAACGACGGGCAUUACGCUAA